AUGAGUGAACGUUAUAAGCGUUGGUUUGAAAUAUUUAAACACAUCCAUCAACAUUUGCCAACAAAAGAAGAAAUCGAUUUAAUUGCCCCCUCCCACAUCAAGACUGAAUAUUAUGAGCUGCAUCCACAGAAAAAAAAACUGCGAAAAAUGUUACCGCAAGUAAAACUUAGAAGGUCGUAUGACAAUAGUGAUCGUCUACCUGAGGUUAUACGAAUGCAUGGUAUCUGUGACAUGAUAACUUUAGAUGAUGAAAUAUUACGGCAAAUAAAUCUUGACGCACCGUUAAGAAGAUCACCUCGUAAACAUGCAUCAUCAACAUCAAGUCAGACAGUACUGCGUCAGAUGAGUUCUGCUUCGAAACUUUCAGUACGUCAAAAUCCAUAUAUACAAAAGACCAGUGCGAAUAUGCAGAAGUCAGUGCCAAAUUUUGUAAUUCCGAAAUUAGAAGAGUCGAAACCUCUAAAAGAUCCAACUCAAAUUGGAUCAUAUGAUCACAUGCUGCGUCGUUCUCCACGAAAGCAUCCUUCUUCACGUCGUGAAACGCUCUUGUCGCCGCAAAAACCAUUUUUAGUAUCAAAAUUGAUUAGUAAUCGUCGCGUGAGUACUGUGGUAGAUGCACUUGGUAAAGCAGAUUAUGAAAAGGAAAAUAUUGCAAAUGAUGUUUUUGCUGUAAAAGACUGCAAAGAAAACGAAAAUCAAAUAAGUGAUCGGAACAAGGAAGAAGCUUGUGGCAGCAAAGUUAAUGAAAGUCCUAAAAAAAACCCGUUUCGAAAUGAGAAGAUAUGUUUGAAAGGUGGAAUGCAGAAACAGCAGCAAAAUUAUCGGCGUUUAAAAAUGAAAAAGAGUUUCAUUCGAGGAACAUCUUCUUCAAAAAUUAAGUAUAGAAAAUGGCGAAAGACUCGAAACAAGCGGUAG